UUAUAUUAUGUGAUAUUACACUUUAAGUGUGCUUAAUUUUAUUUUUUCAAAAACUUAUUUAUUAAUAAUAAUAAACCUACUCAUAAUCGUUUAUGAAUAUGCUUAUAGUUUAAUGUUUUUAAAUUAAAAUUGUAAAUAGAUUUUUAAUCUAACACUAUCGUUUAAAGUAAUUGUGUAAUAUAAAUGUAUUAAAACUAUGUUUCUUAGACGAUUAAAAUUAUCCCAUACACGGUGUUUUUUACCGGCGUAUUUCUUAAAUAAAAAUGAACACGAUGUAGAAGGAACAGAAGUCUUAGAAGUAAAAAAAGUCGGUGGUUGGCAAGGUGUUUUGAAUACAUUUUCCCCAGACGAAGAUGGUAAUCCAACUCCAGAUGUAAGAGCUAUACUAUCAACAAUAUGUUAUAGCAGUUUGAUGGGUGGUGUGUAUGGUAGUAUAUCAUACAGUAAACGGGCUUAUGAAGAUUUUUUUCAUAAAAACCAAUCAACACUAUUUCAAAAUCAGUUUGAAGCCAAAGCUAAACUACAAUCGCAAGUUACAUUGGCAAUGGCAAGAGGAGUUUUCAAAUGGGGAACUAGAGUAGCAUUGUUUUGUGGUUGUUUUUCAACAAUAGUAACUGCCGUGAAUGCUUACACACAAAAUGUUACUGUAUUUAGUUAUGCAUUAGGUGGUCUUGUAGUAGGUGGAAUUGCAAGAAUAAGUUUUGGUGUGAAAGGUUUUGUUGUUGGAUCUACAUUGGGAACUAUUUUAGGUUUCAUUGUUGGAGGUUUUACAUUAUUAAUAUUAAGGUUUUCUCCUUUAACUAUGGAUGAAAUAAAAGAAUGGCAAAGUCAAAGUCAAGUAGAAAGAGAUUUGUAUUUUAUUAAGGAACAAAAAACAUCUCGAAUAUUUAAGUAUGAUAAUACACCUGAACUAAAAGCACACGAAAAAAGAUUACAACAGCCAGAAACAACUUCUGAUUGAAAAAUUACUAUUUAUAAUUUAUGAAUGAAGUGAAAUAUGCUGGGAGUACUUUAGUUCUCCGUUACCAGCCUUCGUCAUAGUGAAAAAUUGAUACUUCAAAGACCUUGGUAAAUCUUUCAUCAGUCUACUAAUCAUCUAAAUUGUAUCUAUUAAUUUUCCAACAAAGUUGUUACUUCUACUACAAAAUCCCAAUGUUUAUGUACACUACUUAAAAAUUAAUUAAUUGUUAAUAUGUACAUAUUGUUAUGAUUGCUGGUAAUUUGUGUUGAAGUAAAUAGUGUUAUUUCUUAAUUUUUAGUAUAAUAUACAUAACUAAAUUAUUUACCUA